UAUAGGUAGGUUACUGAAUGUGCACGCGGUUUCUGAAGAGAAGGUAUGGCAUAUCUUAUGCCUUUAUAUUUUCAUGACGACAGAUGCACGCGAUCAUCAGCAUUACUCUAAAUUGUUUCAUUAGAUUUUGAAAGAAGCUGUCUUUGGGAUUCCUUUGUUAAAGAAAAUUACCGAGUGAAGUGAUUGAAGGAUCUAUCUCCUGAAAAUAGGUGUAAAUAGAUGCUUCUCAGGAUACAUUCAAGUCUCGUGACGAUUAUCUUAUUUUUACACGAGAAAAGAGAUGGACCUGUGAGAUGACGGCUGGAUACAAGAGAAGAGACGGGUGUUUAAAUGGCUGAUCUACUCAAAGUUAACAGUCACCUAGAUCAACCGACUCCAAUACUAAAUUUUGUUUGAAAACAAGUCGUUCGGUUAAAAAGUUACUUUCCAUGGAGCAUGCGUGCAAUUUGGCGAGUCUCGAUUUGGAAUGGACAGCGACCACACAGGAUGGGCUGCUGAGCGCAGUGUACAGCCAGCAUGGAUCAGUUGAUGACAAUAAUAUAUCUGUAAACUGUAACAAAGAACUGGAAACAUAUUUCACUUGCCACGACGAGGAUUUAUAUAUACAACCGAGUAGUCCACAGUCGUCCAAUAACGGCAGCUCAAGUCACCUCUCAAGGGACCUCCCCGAUGGUGUUCCGGCUCUGUACAUGCUUUCCGAUGACGAACUCGCGAUUGAAGGGUCGGGAAAGUCAGUGGAUUAUGGAUUCAUAAGCGCUGUGAUCUGCCUCGUGACUGGUAUUUUGUUAGUGUCCAUAUCCUAUGCAAUCCCCCGGGACGUCAAAGUGGACUCGGACAGUGUCUCGGCUCGGGAGAUGGAGAGUUUGGAGAUGGAGAACGCUCGAGUGUGGGCUGGGGUGGAUAAGUGUGUCAUAGCUGGUCUCUGCCUGCUAACCUUCGGGGGUGUUGUGAUGUCUACCCUGGUGAUGGUCUCCAUGAGGAGAGAAGAGAUGGUUAGGAGAACGGCCUUUGACUAUUCCAUGCUGCCAGUAAAGUUAUAUGGCUCCAUCGCUUUAAGAGGAGGCUCAAACCAGACUCUGGCCGCCUCUUCACAACUGUCUGUUGCGGAUGGAGAUUUAGAAGUAGUCUGCUGAAAUCCAUACCCUUAUCCUAACGACACCUUAUGGUGCACAAGGUGUAAACUGUAAAUGAUCUCUUUUGUGAAAGGUCUGUUUCAAAUUGAUGUAAUAGAUUUGUCAUAAAAUGUCCAUUACACUUGUAGAGCUGAAUAAAUAU